UAUCUUUUGUGAUGGUAUGCUGGUAUUCCAUUAUAAACUUAUGUUUUCCACUUACUCUUUUUCUCUUUUUAGCCACAUUGGCAUCCUAUAUAAGGAGGGUAACUCAGUUAGUUUGUGGCAACCAUAAAUAUUCACUAAUGGCUUCUCAAUUAACCAUGCAAGAAGAGGAAUUACGAAGAGGACAAUGGCUCGAAGAGGAAGAUGAGAGACUGUCUAUGAUGGUAGGUGUCUUUGGUGAACGUCGUUGGGAUGCCUUAGCAAAAACUUCAGGGCUGAAGAGGAGCGGAAAAAGCUGCAGAUUGAGAUGGCUGAACUACCUCCGCCCAAAUCUAAAGCACGGUCAUAUUACUGCAGAUGAAGAACGCUUGAUAAUCCGUCUUCAGAAACAGUUUGGAAACAAGUGGUCAAAGAUUGCUAAACAAUUGCCUGGAAGAACUGAUAACGAAAUCAAAAACUACUGGAGAAGUCAUUUACGAAAGAAAACACUAAUUUAUAAACAAGAAUCCUCUGGGAAUAGCACAAGUAAUUCAGAACAAAGAUCAUCGAUUUUGAAACGCGAUACUGUCCUAAACUCAUCAUCCAACAGUGAAGACACUUAUUCCGAAAAAGGUGAUUGUUCCUCUGCUGAUUUUUUCGCGUACUCUUCGAAUGAAGUAACAUUAUUGGAUUGGAUUCCAAGUUGGUCAUAUGAACAAAGCAGGAUGGAACAUCAUAUGUACUUUUGUAGCUCAAACCUAUGUUCUUGUUAUCCCCCAUAGACAAUACUAUUACUACAAGGAAUGCAAAGAAUCUUGUUAUCUGUAUAGACAGAUUGAAUAGUACAUAUUACU